AUGUCAAAGGAGACGCAAAAGUUAGAAAUAAAUAAAUGUAUCUCGUCAAAAUUGUGGUAUACAUCUCUUAUUAUUUACCGAGAAAAUGAUAAUGAGAAAUUCUUUCUUUCCGAAUGUAACAAUGAUACUGUGGAUUUUGUUAAAUCAGAAACACAAAUUGCAAAUGUAAUUCAUUUCCAAAAUGAGGGUCAACAUCAAUGGAUUGCGCAUAUAUUGUUGCAUCAACUUAUUAAUAGUGUAUCUUUGGAUAAUGAAUACAUAAAAAGACAUCAAAGUUAUAUAGAAAUGAUACAUGCUUUGCAGUUGUGCAAAAACUUGACAAUACAUUUACAAGAGGAGUUGUUAACAAAGUACAAAAGUGUAUCAGAGCAGACAAAUUCAGAAAAUUUUGAAAAAAUCCAGAAUGAAUAUUUUAUAUUUUUAAAACAAAAUAUAUAUAACAAUCCAUUUGUCACAUGUUGGAUUUUGAAUAAAUUAUCUUGUUCCAACACAUCAAAUAAUGCUAUUUGUAAUUUACAAGAUUUUUAUUUUACACUUAUAAAAGAAUUGCUAGAACCUAAAUUAUCUAAACAUCAAUUAAUCAGUGACAAUUCUUUUGGAUAUAUAUUGUGUAUUAUAUCAAAAAUGAGCAUUAAUGAACUUAAUGCAGAUACAUUGUCAAAAUGGCUUUUUCCUAUAUUAUUAAAAACAAAUAUAAUUUAUAAUGUGGAACUUGCAUUAUAUUCAAGAGUAGAUGAAAAGUUGUUUAAAAAAUGGUGUACCUUUCAUAAUGAAGUUUAUCUGCAUUCCAAAAUGGUUAAUAAUUUGUGUAAUGCAGAGAAAAUUCAGGAUAUGCUAUUCCAUUUUACUUUUACUUCUGUUCCCACUAUAAAUACAAAUAAACUUAUAGAAAGAAUAACUAAUAACAAACUACAUUGGGUUAUAGACAUUUUGGACAUUUGUUAUACUUUACUGAUAAAUGAAAAAUAUAAUGAAGUUACAUUAAUAUUAUCUCAUCCAUUAUUAAAAGCUAUUUUGCCAGCUUUAUUAUUUAAAGUUUUGAAUGAUUGUUCUCAAGAAGAAUUUAUUUUAAUUGAUGUUCAAAAAGAUUAUGAUUACAUACAUAAUUCAAUUGAAUUUUUAAUAUCCAAAUGUAAUUUUGAUGUAUGGUGUGAUUCUGCAUCGACUGAACUAAAACAUAUAUUGAGGAAAAAUAUAAAAAUUUUUAAAUAUAUUUUAAAUUGUAUAAGAGAAAAUCUUAAGACAGAAGAUUCAAAUCAAGUUCCUGAAAUAACAAAAUCAGUGAACUUUCAACAGAGGAUAUCUAUAAAAUCGAUAUUUGACCUUUUACAACAUUUUAAUAGCCUUUCAGUGCUGAAAAUGACAACAAAUAUACACGAACAAAAACAUAAUAAUAUAAAACACUUAUUAAAAGAUCUUUGUGAACCUGAAAAUAUUUUUCAUGCAUAUUGUACCAUGUUAAGUGCUUUAAAAGCUAUUUUAUUAUGUGAUAAUUAUGAUACACAAGAAUCUACCAUAAAAAGUUACUUUUCUGAUAUGUAUUGUUACAUACAAAUGAUACAUCCCCUCAACCUACGUAUACAAGUUGUAGAAAAUAUAUUUGCUUUACUGUUUUUGCGACAUAAAGAUUUUGAUUAUAUUCAGAAAAGUUAUGACAAGAAUGAUACAAAUACUUCACAUGAACAAUUAAAAUUUAAGCAUAAAUGGGUGAAACAGUAUGUAACAGAUUUUAUUUGUAACAAAUAUGCUGUAAGAGAUAUAUUAUUUUAUUUGAGGGAUAUUAUGUUAGCUGUAGAGAGUGAAUACCUGAAAAUGAAAAGUAAAGAUGAAAGUAUAGAAGAAGUAGAUCAAAUUCAAAAAGAUAUUGCAUCUAUCAAUGCAGCAAUAAUAGAUGCUGAAUGCAGAUUAGAACUUUAUACAACUUCAGAGUUUGCUGAAAAUAUUAAUAUUAAAGAUGAAAAUCAAAUUUUUGUACCUAAAUCCAAAACUAAAGUUUUAUUAGGUGAAAAAUUAAUUUACAACAGUUCUGAAGAAGAAGUACAUUUUUAUCAAGAAAGUAGUAUUUCAGAUGACACAAAAAUAAAAUCUAACAGUAGUUCUGAAUCAGAAUCAAUGUACAAUAGUAACAAAUGGCGAAAACGUUUUAAAAAUACAACAUUGAUAAAAGAUGGUUUAAUAACUAAAGAUAUGACUCAUAAGCCAUUAUUUAUAAAUUUUAUGUUGGCAACUAAAGAAAGCCUAAUUAUUCGAUACUUAUGGAAAAAUGAUUAUGUUAAAGCACAAGAUAUUAUAGAGGUAUUUGAUAUGAAAAAUAGUCAGCUAAAUGGGGAAGUGCAGUUUUCCAAAGCAUUACACAUAUUUAAAAAGAACAUAUAUAAACAGACAAAUAUGGUAAAGGAUAAUAAUCAGUCCUCAAAAAACUUACACUCUUCUACAUUAGAGAAUAUAAGACUAGUUACACAAGAAGGUAUAGAAUCUUCUAGACAAACUAGUCAACUUGAAACUUUCUUGGCAUCUCAAGAAAUUAAUUUGCAAAUAUUAUCUAAGGAUACUUUUAAUAACUAUGAAAUAUUAACAAUAUGUGUACUAGAUUUUGCUUUAACUAUGAGUCAGACUUCUUCAAUUUCACACAAUUUUUGUGAAGUUGCAAUGAAAUAUUUAAAAUUAUACAAAACAUUUGACAAUACCGAAUAUGUACAUUUCUUUUAUAAAUUUUAUCAAUUGUUACAUGAAAGAAAAGAUGAAGUUUCUGUAGAAAAUAUACUCUGUGAUGCAAAAAUUGCAUUGUCCAUAAAGGAAUGUAAAGAGAAGGAUGACUUUUGGAUUGAUAUUAUGACUAAACAUCAUGAAUUUAAAGAAUCACAGGCAAAUAAAAGUAUAAUGGAUAAAAAAUUGAAAGAUAGUGAUUAUUUGCCUGGUUUAAAGAUACUUGACAAAAUAGUAGCAGUUUUUUGUGGAACUAAGAAAUAUGUGCAAAAUUUGUGGUCUCAUUUCCAACUGUUACAUUCAAUUAUACCAACUGAACAAGAAGUACUUACAGUUUCUGAUUUACUAAAAAUUCCAUUACAUUAUUAUUUUGGUUAUCAAAUAUUUGAACUUAAAAUUGAGCCAAAUGAGCUUGAAGCAAUUGCACAUAAUUUACAAAUUAAUUUAGCAUGUAGUAUUCUUACAAAUAUUUGUCCCAAAUUUUUUUAUGAAAAAAAUAUAAGCUAUACUAUUACUAGUAAAGAGGAUGGAUGUAUUAUUUUAAAUAAAACUUCACGUAAAUCGGAUUCAAGUUAUACGAUCCAAGGGCCGAAUCAAUGUGUUUCAGAGAUAUUAACAGAAAUUUUACAAGUUUUGCAUAAUUUAAAUCUAAGCCAAUCUGUCUUAAGCCGUGAUGUUUGUAAAAGUAUUUCUAAAUAUUCAGAAAUUCAAAAUGUAUUAAAUAAAACGUCUCGUCUUGUAAGCUUAGAUUUAAGUGAAUUAUCUAUGGGUGAUGAAACAUUAACUUUUCUUUUGAAUACGUGGAAUCUGAUGUUUCUACAUGCUACCUUAACUAUAUGGGCAUAUCAUUUCCCUUUAAAUAAUUUGCAACAUACAGUUUCAUUAAUGUCAAUUGGUUACUUAAUUGGUGAUUUGGGUUUAGUAACACUUGCAGCACUUAGAUCAAAAUUGCUGAAUAAUAUGACAUUAGAUGAUAAUUUUUUUAUACAAUUUGAAGAACUUAAUGAACCAGCAUGGCAAGAUUUGGAUAUUACUCAUGAUCCAAGAGUAAUUUUUAUAAUGGCUAAUGAAUUUUUUGGAACGCCUAAUAUUCAAGUAAGUUGCUCAUUCACUAAUGCUUUUCACGAAUAUUUAAAUCAUUAUGCAGUAAAAUCUAAUAAAUAUAUGCAAAAUGCAGAUACACAAAAUACUAUUUUAUUACCUGAAAUUGCAGAACGAUAUGAAACUUUUAUUUCUCAGAAUUUAAAAAAUGAUUUACAAAACAGUAAUAACUGCAACAAUCUAUUUUCAAUAAAUGACUACUUUAAACCCUCUAAUGAAAACAUAGUUAUAGAAUACAUGCCUCCUUCUUAUUCGUGCAGUAUAAUAUUGAAAUAUACAAAUUGUUCUAAUAUACAUAAUCAGAAACAAAUUAAUCAAUAUAAGACUACCUGGAAAACACAUAGUAUAAGAUCAAGUGUGUUACAAUACUUGGAAAGUCAGUGUUGGGUUGUUUCUUAUCUUUGGCAAAGAAUACAUAAUAAAAAUCCUACUAUUUUGGAAAACAACUGUGAUAAUUUAAAACGUACUGCAUGUCUUGAAAAUCUCUUAAGUUCAUCUUGGGUUAUGGAAUUAAAAUUAUUAUUUGAUAAUAAUCAAACUCUUGCAGCCAUUCUUGAAACAAUAUCAAUAGAAAAGUUGUGGUCUCAUCUUGAACUUAUGAUAAAAGAAAAUAAAUGGAAUGCUUGUUUAAAACUUGUAAAUGCAUUGCCAAGCCAUUUUACUUUAAACACUGAAAUGCAAUGUUUCAAAGAUAAAGUUCUUAGUCAUAUAGUUUUACAAAAAGAUACCACUUUAAAUGCAGAAAUAUUACAAUAUUUAUAUCAAAUUAAAGAUGUAUACAUACUAAGCCAAACAGUAUUAUUUAAUAUUAAUAGAUGGGACAUAAAUAUUUGUGAAAAUGCUUUACUUCAUGUGGUACAUCAUAUAGAUAAUUACAAAUUAUCUGUGCACUGUAAAUUACAAUUGAAUGAAAUCUUACACAGAGUGCUCAUUUUUCAUAAAAUGCUUCCAUAUUGUAUAACUAAAUCCAAUGGCACUUGGUAUGAUAUUGCUUACUGUACAGAAAAAGUUGAUGCACUAGAAAUUAUCAAAUCACUGAUCAAUGAAGAUAAAUUUGAAUUAUGUCUGGAAUGGAUGGAAUGUCAGGGAUUUUCUUUAGAAAUACAUCCUUCUGUGACACAAGAAUUUUUGAUUGGUUUUUUAAAGAGUGAAUCUCAAAACUUUAAACAAACUUUAAAGUUUUUCCAGGCACUACCUUUGGAUCAAUCAAUUAAACUUUGCAAAACUAUGUUAACAAAGUUAGAGUCUAUUGACUCACUGAGAUUUAUUUGUAAUUAUUUAUUACAGUAUUGCGAAGCAACAGAAAUCAUAAAAUAUAGAAGAACUCUACUAGGAAUUGACAUUUUAUGUAUGUUAGAUGUUCAAGAGAGACAGUUAUAUAUUCAUUUUAUAAAAAAACCAUUGUUGAUGUUAGAGCAAUUACUAAUGAAUUGCAAAUUUGAAAGUAUUCAAAGGAUAUUGUAUAAAAUUCAAGACAAAUUAGAUAAAGCAGAUAUUUCAAGAAAUAGUUUUGACAAAAUAAUAAGAUUCUAUGCUCAAAAGUCAUUGGAUUGUCGUGUGUCUUUAGAGUGUUACACCACUGAAAGUAAAUCCAAAAAUGUAGAACAACCUACUUUAGAUACAGAAAGUACAGAAUUUAUUAUGCCUACAUUAGUUCCUACUAAAGAAGAAUGGGUACCUAAUGAUAAAGCUAGAAAAUGCAGCUGUUGCAAAACCGUUAUAUUUUCAAUGUUUAAUAGACGACAUCAUUGUCGUAGAUGUGGUCGCGUUAUUUGUGCAACAUGUUCGCAACAUCGUAUACAAAUUUCUGGAUACCCACCUUCUGUACUUGUACGUGUAUGUGAUGACUGUAAACGACAGACUGCAUUACAAGUACAUGUUCAUCAAGAAUCACCAUCUCCAUCAAGUAGUGAAAUAUUUGAUUAUUGGCGAUUAACGACAGAUGAGAAACAUAAUGAAACUAUCAGAGAAGAAUUUUCAUUUGAAUAUGCUCCAAACAUUUCUUUAUGUUUGGCUAUUCUUAACUUACAUUCCGAACAUAAAACAUAUGCCAGUUUCUUAUUAGACUGUUGUGAUGAUAUGAAGCGUCUUUUACAACCUGUUAGUGGUGGAAAAGUAAAUCCUGAAAUUGAUCACACUGUCAUUAUUAAAAUGAUACGUUCCUUGCUAGUAGCUGCAAAAGUUAAAUGUGCUAAGCUUGGGCUUAAUACUGGGUUAAUCCAUUGUGAUAGCUUUUUAUCACAAGUAGAUCUUAUUGCCAGCCUAGUUCAAUCAGACUGUUUACAAUUCAUACUUUGUGAUUAUUUAGAUGAUUAUACUUUUAGAAAAUUGAGAGACCUUUUAAUUGAAAAAGAGCAGUGGACUCUUGCUCUAGAUAUGAGUACCAAAGUAGGAUUGGACACACAGGGUGUUUGGGUAGCUUGGGGUAAAACAUGGUUAAAAAUGAGAUACUUCGAAGAAGCACGAGAUAAAUUUUCCCAUUGCCUUGAUAAAAUUCAGUAUGAAAAUUUCGAUGAUUGGGUAAUUCUACCACACCUAAAGGAAUUAGAAAACGAAGAAAUUAAAAGGGACGAAUUAAAAAAAACAGAAUUUUCGAAAAAUCGUCCAUUAAAAGAUCCACCAUUGCUGACAGAAAUCUUACAAAUAUUAGACAAUUUAAAUGUAUACAAACAAUAUGUUCAGUAUUCUCAUCAGUACAAGUGCAAUGCUUCACAGGAAAUACUAAGUAAUUUUGGAAGCUUCAAAAUCAUAAAUCAGAAGCCACUUUAUAAAAAUACAUCUGCAACUAUGCAAAAUGUUUACUAUCAAGAAAGCCUUUAUUACUUACUAGCUUAUGGAAGUUAUAAUUCAAUUUUAGAGUUCUUUUUAACACACGAGGAAUUUGACAAAUGCCUUACUUUCACCUUAGAAAAUGAUUUAGAACCCGAUUUAUUUUUCAAUACAAUUUAUUUAUAUUGUUUAAAAAAUGGAUGUAUUGAAAAACUUCAUGAAGCAAUGAUGAACAAAGAUUCAAGUUUGCUAAUUUGGAAAAAAUAUUUAAUAUAUGUUUGUCAUAGUUUAGAAAAAAGACAAUAUUUAAAUAUUUUAUAUCAAUUACAACUUUUUAUGAAAGACUAUAUACGGGCAGCAAUGACAUGUAUUCGUUUUUAUCUUAAUGAAGUAAACAAUUACACAGAAUUAUGUACUAGAGUACAUUUUUUACUUGAUGCCCAAAAGCAUUUAGAAUCUGAAUUGCAAAUUGAAACUUUAAAUCGAAAAAGAAGGAAAAGUAUGAGUUCCAUGCAUGGCAAUCAAGGAAUUCUAACAAUGGAAAUGGAACUCUCAGAAAUAGACAAACAUAUAAAUACAAUUUGUAGGCAAAUGGAAAUUACAAAGUUUCUAGCAAAUUGUGAAAAAGAUGGAAGAGCUCCCAUUCAAUUUCUGAACCUGUUUCCAGAAAAAGAUUCUAAUAAUUCAUACAUUUUAAAAAUACCAACUUUAUUUGGCAAUCAAGAGGAAAAGAUUGAUUUAGCUGUUCUAACUAUGCUUUGUGGACACAAUAUUGAAGAAGGAUUUGGAAUAGCAUUUAGAAUAAUGCAAGAUUAUAAUUUACCACAACAAAAGGUAUAUUCUUUAGCUGGACACAUUUUGAUAAUGAAGAAUAAUAUUGCUGCAAUAGAGCAAUUGAUUAAAUGUUGUCAUACAUCUGGUAUUAAAAAUUCGUACAUUAUAUCAGAUUAUGUAUUAGCACAUUGUGUAAAGUUGUUUCUGAGUCAGUUACACAAUGAAACAGAAUCAGUUUUGAAAAAUGAUAUUUAUAAUCUCGUUCGAUUAAUAACCGACAUAGAACUUAAAAUAAAUACAUAUAUUGAAUGUAAGCAGUUAAAAGCAGCAUAUUUAUUAGCUGUUAGGCAUUCCAGAGCACAAGAUAUAAGAAAAAUUUUGAAGGAAUCUGAUAGGCUUGGCCAAAAUGCUAUUAAAGCAAUAUGUAUAAAAUGGCUCCAACAAGAAUCAAAGUUAUAA